ACAGUUUAUUCCCUGUAGCUUAAUUAUAUUCGUAAUUUUCCGUUGGAUACUAAUAUCCGAUCAACUAUUCUUCCGGAAUUAUAUUAUAUUGGUACUCUAGAAAAUCGUACCCGUUACCGUACCAAUUUGCUCAGUCUUGCAAAGUUAUAUCCAGACAUUCACUAUGGGUUGUGCGGGAAGUAAAGGCACAUCAACUGUACCACAAAACACUGCCCCAGCAGGAAAAAAUGGGACUGCCACUAAACCAAGCAAGAAUGUAGAACCAGCGGCAGAACCAAAGCCAAAACCAGCGGAAGAAGCCGCAGCUUCCAAGCCUGAAGAUCAAGCAAAACCGGAAUCGUCAACGGGGGAGGUUGAAGCCCCGAAAGAAAGUGAACAGACUGCUACACAAGCACAAGAACCAGAGAAACCAUCGGAGUCGAGUCAAAUCGAACGAAAAUCCGAGCAACCGAAAAAAAUGCAAACGCCACAGAAGGAUGAAGAGUCUGUCGAGUCAGAUCGCAGUAAAGGUGAAGACAAUGUUCCAAAAACACUACUUGAGGAUGCUCAAGAAAUACUCACUAAAUCCACCCCGGAAGCAGAUACAUUUAUGCGCAAUGAUGAACCACAAUCCGGAACAGAUAUAGAAAUUAAAACUCAAGAUUCACAAAGUACAGUCCAUGAUGCGGAUGCUCUAGUUGAUUCAGACGAUUCUAAAAACAAGCAAAGGGCAGACGCCCAGAAACGAGUGGAUGUCCAAGCAGUGACGAAUAAUGUGGAAACAAAAGUUGAACAGGAUAUCAAUGUGGCAGCAGUUGAGGAAAUGUUAGAGGAAACAAUAAUUUCAAAUGAGGAAUCUUACACUCAGUGGCUCUCAGAGAUCCAGGAUGAAGCAGUUGGAGAUGUGGAAGUACAUUCUGAUAAAGAUGAGCAAUCUGCCAAUACGAACAGCUUGACAGAAACCCUAAAUAUUGAAAAUACAAUUCCGGAUAACCAACCUGUUGAAAAUGAACAGAUAAUAAGCGAGGAAAAACAACAGACUAUAUCAGCAGACCAUACUUCUGAGGUUAAAACUUUGGAUGAUGACAAAGAACCCAUCACAACACUGCAAUCCGACAAUAAUAACGAAGCACAUGAUAAUCAAGCUUCAUGUUUGGACAAGCAUGUUGACGAAUCCGCAAUAGAGAUUAACAAUUCGCUGGAAGAAGAUAAUGGUGUUUCAAAACCUCUUGUUAAUCAACAAUUUGAAAUUGGGGAAACAAUUACAACAAUUUCUGAGAAUAUAAAUGACCAAGUAGAGAAAAUAAAAGAAGAAAAUACUGACCUAUUACAAGAACAUGAAUCGGAAAAAAAUGCAAAGGCAAAAUCUACUUCUGACGAUUUAACAAAUGCGGAUCAGCAAAAAGACAUAGCAGCUGAAAUUCCUGAAAAGAAGUCAGAAAUCGACGAUUUUCAAUCAACGCAAAGUGAUUAUGGCAAAUCUGUAACUUUGCAAGAUGACAUUGACGACUCUUCUACUUUGAGAAAACAUGAAGCUGCUAUCUGUACGGCAGAUACUGAUGAAAGCGGGAUAUCAGAAACACCAAAGGAAAUAGAUUCUCUUGUAGAUGGAUCUGUUGCAGAACAAGACCACAACAUGGAAUUUCAAUCUGAAAAUAACAAGCAAUCAGAUAAUGAUCAAGCUAUAGUAUCCGGUAAUAUAUUCAAGAUUAACGAUCACACAGAGAAAGUAAACGACAGUUCACUUGAAGUAGAUAUUCGUGAUGAACAAAUUCUUUCCACCGAACAAGUUAAGGAUGAGGAAACUAUCAAAUCGGUAUCGGAAAAUAUAGAUGACCCAGUGGGGAAAUUAGAGGACAAAAAUACAAACGUGAUAAAAGAAGACGAAUCAGAACAAAAUGAACAAACACAAUCUGUAUCUAUUGAGUCUUUCGACACGAGUCAGCGAACGCCAGAUCUAGCAGUGGACACUUCGGAAACGAAAUCGGAUAACCUGCUUCCUCAAUUGGCGGAAGGUGCUUAUGGCGAAUCUAAAACUUUCAUCGAUUCAAACACAGUUGACGCCUUAUUAUCUCAAGAUACUGAUAAUAAUCAGCCUUCAGAAAAAUCUGAAAACCAGUCCUCUCAGCAGGUCGUUGAAACAAAUUUAUUGAAAGAUGGAUCUGUAGAUGACAAAGUGGACAAAACAUCGAAAAUUCAUGAUGUAGCAAUAAAGGCAAACGAAGAAGAUUUAAAUUCCGAGCAAGUAACUAAAAACAAAGACUUAGAUUCAGAAGGAAAUAGUGUUGUUGCACAAAAGACAGAAAAUGAUGAUAUCAUCAAAUCGUUAUCCGAAGAUAUAAAUGUCGCAGAGGAAAAAUUAAAAGAUAUAAAUACUGACAAAUUGCAAGAGCACCAAACUGAACAAGCAGAAUCUAUCUCUAUCGAGAAAAAUAAUACAAAACAGGAAACAGAGGCGGAAACUUUGGAUAAAGCUGAUGCGAAUUCCACAGAUUUAUCGGAUCCAAAAUCUGAGACAUUCGAGCAGAUCAAGAACAUCGUUAAUUCUAACAAAAUUAAAGUUGAUAUAUCCGGGGAGGCUGAUGUUAUUCAAACUUCGGAAGAACCACAGACCCAUUUAUCACUACAUGAUAGUCAGAGUAUUUUAUCGACAAAUGGAUUUUUAUCUGAAAAAGUCGGGGAAGUGGACGAAAAAUUGAAAGACAGUCAAGCAGGAGUAACGACCGACGAGAAUACUUUAUUAAGUUCAAAUGACGGGCAAGUUUCUCCCAUUACUCAUCUUGUAAAUGAAAACCCCGAAACAGAGGAACAAAGUAGUCAGCUGUCACAAAUAGAUGGUACCGAAACGGUCAACGCUGAACCAGGUUCAUUUUCAUCUGAACAACCACAAUCUAACUCUAUCGAGAAAAAUGAUACAAACCAGGAAACAGAUUCAGCUGAGGAAACUUUGGAAAAACCUGAUGCGAAUUCCACAGAUUUAUCGGAUCCAAAAUCGGAGACAUUCGAGCAGAUCAAAGACAUCGUUGAUUCUAACAAAAUUAACGUUGAUUCAACCAAUGAGGCUGAUGUUAUUCAAACUUUGGAAGAAGCACAGACCCAGUUGUCACAACCUGACAAUCAGAAUAUUUUAUCGACAAAUGGAUUUAUAUCUGAAAAAGACAACUUUCCAUUAGAUUUGAACGAUAUUGUUUAUGUGCACAUAGUCGAGGAAGUGGACGAAAAUUUGAAAGAUAGUGAGAAAGCAGCAGUAACGAUUGACCAGAGUACUAUAGUAUCUUCAAAGGAUGAGGAGGUUAUUUCAAGUACCCAUUCUGUAGACGAAAUCCAAAUAACAGAGGGACAAAACAGGCAGUUGAUACAACUAGAUAGUGCCGAAACAAUUAAAACAGACAACGUUGAACCAGAAAGUUCUCCAAUCGAACAAAUACAUAAUAUUGAACCAGCUUUGGUACCUGAAGAUAUUGAACCAAUAUUGAAAAACGAAGAAGGUAACGUUGAUCAAUCAACAGACAAACAAAUCAAUUUACCCUUAUCACAUCCUGAUACUGUUGUUCAGUCGACAAUUUUCGAAGACGAUGGUCAUAAAGAUAACAUCGAUUCUCCAAAAGCAGUGGAUUCUGAGAUCCAUACUGCGGAAGAUGUGGGGAAUAACGAAAAUAUUCAACUCGCCACAACUAACAACGAAGUAGUAGACUCCGAACAAAAAGACGUGCCCUUGAACAAAGAAACUUCUAUAAUGCAAUCUCCUGAACUAACUUCGCCGAAAAAGUCGGAAUCACUAGAUGAAACAACACAAAAAACUGAGGCUGAUACUGAGUCCCAAGAUAUCGAACAAAAUGUAAUAACCGAACAAGGUACAAUUGGAAAAGAUUCCAAUGAUGGUGAACAUGAAACAAACAUCAGUGGGCCUACUACCCAGGAGUCAGUUCAUUCUACGCAUACGGAUUUACAAGACGGUUCACAGCAACAAGUAGAGGAACAAAACGCGACGCAGAGUCACUCGGGAAAAGAAGAACAAAAUUGUCCGAGAUGUGAUGGCGAGGAGCUUUUAUCUAGUGUGAGGAGUGAGUCAAUUCCUGUUACCAAUGCUCAAGUUUGUGAUAUUAAUAAUUUGGAAGAUACUUUACCGACAAGAUCUACUGGAGCAGUGGGGAACCAAGAGUCAGAUAACGAGGACGACGAUUCUUAUCCGGAUGAUGAGAUCCAACAAAGAGCCAAUACCGAAUCGGAUGAAGGUGAUAAGCAAUCAUAUACUCCUAACAAUAUUGAUUCUCACCAAAAACAAGAAGAACCAAACAAAAAGCAACAAGUGGAUGGAGGUGCAUGGAAAUUUUAUUCACUUUUGGCAUUAAAGCUGAAACAAUCUUUUUCCAUCCGGGUGUACAAUGCGGAAGAUAAUAGUACGAAUGAACAAAAAUUUGAAAGUAAUAAGAAAUCUAUUAUUGCAGAAGCAAACGAUGAAUCCCAAGCGCAAGUUGAGGAACACAAUGAUAAAACGCUAGCGUCAGAGACAGAUCAGUCUCUCCAGCGACGAGUCAACGACAAAUUUAUUUCGCCACGGCAGAAAACAUUAUCUAGUUCAUCAGAAGAACCAACAUCUGCGCCCGAGCCCGCAGUCGAAGAAAAGCCUGAGGAAGCAAGUACAGAACAAGCUUCGGAACAAGCAACAGCUGAAGCGGAACCUGCAGCAGCAGAAGAGCCUUCAGCACCACCAGCUGAUGAACCUGCAGCUGAUGCUGGCGCCGGUGGAGGAGAAUAGACAUAUUGUAGGCUCAUGGAAUACUCUGAAUUUUAUGAACCAUUCAUGAACGUUUCUUGUCAACUAACUCCACAAAUACAGUUCAAGUUAAAAAGAAAAUAAUAAUAGUAAAAUAAUUUCAUCAAUUUUUGCGAUAAACUCUUUACAAUACGUUUCAUUACAUUUAUAGAUUAUAUUAUUUCUUCUACAUUAUUUGUUUUUAUAAGUAUUUGUGAUUAUGCACAAAAUUCCGAAGAAAAAAAACAUUUGACAACUUUAUUUUUACUCCAUGCUCAUCGACCUGGAUAUGUUAAAUCAAAUCAACUGAAUUCGUCUGCUUUUGUAUUAACAACUUAUUGAUGAUAAACGAAGCGCAUAACAAGCCCAGAUACCAUUGGAUUGCUGUGGACAUGUCAUAGUGUUUUCAUGUGUAUGCGUAAAGUCAUACAUUUUUGUCCUUGCUAUGAUACAUGAUCGGUAACAUGAAAUUAGACUGGGUUUAUAAGUGAAAAAUGGCUGUUAUUAAAUACUUAAUAUAAUAUAUGUUUUUUAAAAUAACGUAAAUGAUGAUAUUACGAGUAAAUAGACCAUAUGCUCCUCGUGAAUUUACAUUGCAUUCCAACUCAGUUGAUAGCAGAAAAGCGUCGAGUUUACACUCAUGUUUUGUGAUUGUCUUUCAUAAUAUUGAAUGAGUACUUGCUUAGCAUUAUCUCUAUAAUAUUACUGUGAAGUUGUUUGUUACAAAUUUAUUCUUAUUAUACUCAAAGUCUGUACACCGUAAACUUUCACACGCUAGCAUCACCUCACAGUUAUCUUCGAUUAUUAUUAGAACGCUGAUUUAUAAUUUUGCGUAUGGAUUUGUCAAGUUUAGUUUUCUGUGUUUAUAGUUUUUAGUUUAUGUUUUUCAGAAUCAGAUUUUCACAACGAGAUAAAUCAAAUAACAAUACAAAGUUCAUAUAUAUAUAUAUAUAUUGACAUUGUUCUCUAAUCCAUUAAAUCUAUGUUGGAAAAAGUUGCGGAAAUGUUAGCUUAUUAUUUUAUGAACAUAUCGUAGUUAUGAUAGGUACUUAAAAUUGCACUUUCAUUGAUAUUAAUUGUUUUCACACGUGUUAUUACAUAAACAAAAACAGAUCCCAUUGUUUUUACAAUGCACAUUGGUAAGGUAUUGGUAUUUGCUAUAUUUAAUGAAAAUGAUAUAAACUAUUUCGAAUUUUUAACCGGUUUUUAAAAUUGCUAGAUAAUAAUAUCUAUUUGACCGUAAAUUACUUCUCCACGCUAAUUUUUACUGGGUCAUAUAUCAAAUUUAAAGCCACACAGCCACGCUACUGACACAAUGUAGGUAAUUCUUCUAUGAUAUACUUUAUCGGCAUCAGUUUCCGCCCUAUUCAAACAGUUAAUGAAAAGAAUCUUUGAUAUCGAAUAAAUUGCUGCAUCUUUUUUUAAAUUUUUGCUUAAGUGUUAUUAUGGACUGGUAUAUACAACUUGGACUUCUGGUAAUUUUUUGUUUGUUUGUAGAACAAAAUGGUAUUAUAAUAUAAAACAGCGAGAUAGACUUAUUUUCAUCUUUUGAAUUUAUUUUGAAUAUCUAUUACUGUUCGAUGAAAUUAUAUUAAAUAUAUAUUAUAAUUUUCAUUUUAUAUUAUUUGACUCGUCCUGUUAAUUUUAAUCGGAAUAGAUAUUAUGGAAAUGUAUCAAUAAAUUCAUUAUUUUUGUAUGUAAA